ACCAAAUAAUUAAUCAUUAUAUUUUGGUCCAAAACAUUUGUGACUAUAAGAGAAAGCAACAAUAGAAAAUUGAAGAAACUCAACAUAAAUGACUUCUACUUCUUAUUUUUUGCUCUUGUUUGCUCUUGCUGCAGCUACAGUUUCUGAAGCAAAUGCUGCUCAGCUACGUACAGAUUUCUACUCCUGCAGCUGCCGGAACCUUCUGGCCAUAGUCAAGACCGGAAUCACCAAAGCCCUUCAGAAAGAAGCUCGCAUGGGAGCUUCAAUACUCCGCCUUCAUUUCCAUGACUGCUUCGUAAAUGGGUGUGAUGCAUCGAUUCUGCUGGACGAUACGAGCAAGUUCAUAGGAGAGCAGACGGUGGCUGCAAACAACAAUUCAGCAAGAGGGUUCAAUGUGAUUGAUGACAUCAAAUCCAUGGUGGAGAAAGAAUGCCCUGGGGUGGUGUCAUGUGCUGAAAUUCUUGCAUUGGCUGCUAGAGACUCUGUAGUUUAUGUAAUGGACACCAAUCAAAUCUCAGUGAUAGAGCUCAUCAAUUGA